AUAUUAAUAGUUUAACUACGUAGAGAUAAAAAAAUGAUUAAACAAAAAGCAAUGCUCGUUCCAAGCUUGGUCAUGACAUCAAUCCACGCACAACAACAGAUUUACUUGCUGUAUCAAUUGAAACUCUCACUGCACGGUACGCUCAUUAUAAUAGUUUCGGUAGCGACCGAAGAAAGUGUUAAAACUCGGUUAUUAUACCAUCGCCGUGUUUGAGUUGUGACUAUCAUUGCCAUAAUAGCAGUACAUAGAUAUAAAUCGUGCAUUGUAACCACUGCACGGUGUAUAGUUUAUUAAUUCCUCCCACUCGCAAAAAUCACGAUGUUACACAAAAAAGCAAUAACAAAAUGUGUUAUUUUUUGUCGUCGUCGUCGUCAUUCAUCGUGUGAAAUUGUACUACCGCAGUUUGUUUUUUUCUUUCUUCUAAGUUUUCUUUGCAGAGUGCCGGUCUAAUUGGCCGCUGUCAAUUGUGUCGCGUUCGCGGUUAGAAGUAUAAGAAGUACGAAUGGAUAAACUGUUAAUAAAACUGCAAAAGGCAAUAAUUUUGCCGUGACAGGAUAUUACACCUCGCAGAGCAACUUCACACCAGAUAUCUUAUUUCUAUGCCUGAAACGAGCGAUCUUCAUUCGGAAGACGAAAAUAUGUUGGACGGUUUACAAUUACGUGGACGAUCAUUUGAUUUAUCGACUGAUCACUCAAGAUCGUCUAGUACCGAAAACAGUUCUAUUUAUUUACCAAAUAACAGCAAAGCAUCAGAAGAUGAUGAUGAUAAUUUAAAAAGUGAUUCAGAAAGUUCAGACGAAAAACUAUCACAAAGAAUCACAUCGGGCAAACGUAAACGUCAAAUUAGUCAAAAUUCGAAUAGUGAGUCUUUAUCAUCCCCUAACCCUAGAAGAUGUAGAAAAAGUAUUCGACAACGGCGAUCAAUGGAAUCGCUGACCGCUAAAGAUCGAAAUUUAAGAAGGUUGGAGAGUAACGAGCGCGAAAGACUGCGCAUGCACUCAUUAAAUGACGCAUUUGAGAAAUUACGAGAAGUAGUUCCUCACGUAAAAAUGGGGCGUAAGUUAUCAAAAUUGGAGACAUUAACAUUAGCUAAAAACUAUAUAAUGGCAUUGACAAAUGUGAUAUGUGAUAUGAGAGGAGAACAAAAACCAUUUACCUUUGAUGACCCCGAUCAGCCAGAAGAUGAAUACGAUUCAAGUAACGAUGGUGGAUUCGAGUCUGGUAACAGCAGUAAAAUAAGAUUAAAUUUGGAACAAGAGUUACUGUCUUCGGAUUAGCACUAUACUACAAUUAAUUAAUAUUGUUUUGAACUUUCCUAUUCUUUAUUUUUUUGAAGGAUAUACCCUGAAAAGGGUAAACCCCUAAAAUAAAAAUAAGUGUUUUUUUGCAAAAACACUACUGUUCUUUAUGUACAUAAACCACACUUAUUAUAAUUAGUUAACAAUAGUUUUAAGAUAAUUGAAUCGUUAUUUUUAAAGUAAAAUAAAAAAUAUUACUAGCUCAGCA